AGAGCACUGUGCGUGUGCGAUUUACGUCAAUUUAGUUAAUAAGUUGAGUUUGUGGGGCGGAAUUCUUAUUGCCGUUAAUUUACUAGUUAUUUCUGUUUUGUGGACCAACAGACGAUCACCAUGUCUCGAGUUUUGGUUGGUGUUAAGCGCGUUAUUGAUUAUGCCGUGAAGAUUCGCGUCAAACCAGACAAAUCAGGUGUAGUUACCGAGGGUGUGAAGCAUUCAAUGAACCCGUUCGAUGAAAUAGCCGUGGAGGAAGCGGUCAAGCUGAAGGAGAAAAAGAUCGCCACCGAAGUGGUAGCCGUGUCUGUAGGACCGGCCCAGUCUCAGGAGGUACUGCGAACGGCACUCGCGAUGGGGGCUGAUCGGGGCAUCCACAUCGAAGUGGCCGGCAAGGAGUAUGAUCUACUGCAACCCAUCCAUGUGUCGAAGAUACUGGCCAAACUAGCGCAAGACGAGAAGGCCGAUUUGGUUAUCCUGGGUAAGCAGGCCAUCGACGACGAUUGCAAUCAGACGGCGCAGAUGACGGCCGCCCUGCUUGACUGGCCGCAGGGUGCAUUUGCAUCGAAGGUUGACAAAGACGGCGAUACCCUGACGGUUGUGCGUGAGGUUGACGGAGGUUUGGAAACUAUCAAGGCAAAAUUGCCGGCAGUCAUCAGUGCGGACCUACGUCUCAAUACUCCCCGUUAUGCCACCCUUCCCAAUAUCAUGAAGGCGAAGAAGAAACCUAUCAAAAAGCUUGCUCCGAAAGACCUGGGCGUAGAUACGUCGCCCCGCAUCGAAAUUGUUUCCGUUGAAGAUCCACCAGUUCGACAGGCCGGUUCUGUUCUUCCCGACGUGGAUACAUUGUUGACGAAAUUGCGCGAUGGCGGUCAUAUCAAGUAGUUGCCAGUACACGGCAAGGAAAAUGUUGGCAUAUUCCAAGGUAGAAAGUUCGCGAUCAAUGAAGUGCUGCAAUCGUAAAUUGCGCGAAUAAAAAUAAUUUGUUAUUGGAAUUCA